AUGUGCAUGGAUGAGCAGUACUGCGAAGCAUCGUCCAAGCCAGCUUUGACAAUGCCGACCGUCGUUCCAGAAAGCGUGCAGCUGCCCAGUGGCCCCAUUGCGGGUCAGCCAGCUGACCCUCCUGCAGCAAACGCGAGGGAGGGCUAUGCAGCAGGGGUGGCGUCGGUGGCGUUGCUCUGUCACUUGCAGGUGGAGGCUAGCUACUACAAGGCCAUCUGGGAGAUCGUCAAACCCAAAGUGGUUCGUCGGCUAGCCUUCGAUCAGGCCUUGACCAGGAAGCACCCGAGCCUCAACGUGAUUGUUGUCGCUGACUCUGACGGCAAUCCGGCAGACGACUUGUUGUCAGGAUUUUACGAUUCCGGCAGUGAGGAUCCCGGAGGAUGGCCAAUCUGGAGAAGGGCCAGAGGAUCACCGUGUCGGCCAUGCCAAUCAAGACGCUAA